GCUGUUCAGUCCUGCUGCACCACACACAGCUCACCAUGCCAAGAUACUGAGGUGGGGGAUUGUACUCUUUCCUUCUCUCUCUCCCUCCCUCUUUCCCUCUAUCUCUCUUCCCACCAAACCUUCUGGAGGUGAGCUGAACUAUGCCAUGCUAGGAGCUCUAUCUGGUGCCUUGGACCUUGAGGAGUUCAUCUGACACACCCUUAGCCUCAACACGAUCACCUUUCACCUCCACCUAGCGCCUCCUCACUUUGACCAUCAUCCCCUUGCCUCCCAGUCUCUGGUCACGCCAGAGAGGAGCAGACAGCAGAAGCCCAUCUCACAUCUGAGGAACGUCUGAGGGACCCGUGGCACCACACAAAGGCGGAGCAAGCCCCUUUGUGCCUAAAAUCUCAGGAAGAAUGAGCAACCACAUCUAGCUGAUAUUUGCUUGUCUUUCCCAGAGAAAAGCGCGCAAGAGAGAGGGGGAGAUACAUACUCCUGUGAAAUAAAGAGAGGGAGAAGGACAGGGAGAAGCAGGGGAAGAUGCCUUUCGGGGGGGUUGCAGGGCUGAAGGAGCAGAUUCUGAAACCAGGGAAGGAGGAGGUGAAGAAUAUGGUAGGAGAUGGCCUGGGGAACCUGCAGAGGAAAAUCGAUGGCACCAAUGCGGACGAGGAGGACCAGAUGGAGCUGACAGAGGAGCGGAACAGGAGACCCCCUCGCCACAGUGCCCCUCUGUUUGAUUGCGGGUGCUGCGGCCUGCCCAAGCGCUACAUCAUCGCCAUCCUCAGUGGACUGGGUUUUUGCAUCUCCUUUGGCAUCCGCUGCAACCUGGGGGUGGCCAUCGUGGAGAUGGUCAACAACAACACGGUCUACAUCAAUGGGACACCUGUACUCCAGCCAGCUCAAUUCAACUGGGACCCAGAGACUGUGGGACUGAUCCAUGGCUCCUUCUUCUGGGGUUACAUCGUCACACAGAUCCCUGGAGGCUUCAUCUCUAACAAGCUGGCCGCCAACAGAGUGUUUGGGGCGGCCAUUUUCCUCACGUCCAUACUGAAUAUGUUCAUCCCGUCAGCAGCCAGGAGGCACUACGGCUGUGUCAUGUUAGUUCGCAUCCUACAAGGCUUGGUGGAGGGUGUUACCUACCCAGCAUGCCAUGGGAUGUGGGCCAAAUGGGCUCCUCCCCUAGAGAGAAGUCGUCUGGUCACCACCUCAUUCUGUGGUUCAUAUGCAGGUGCUGUGAUUGCCAUGCCUUUAGCAGGAGUACUGGUUCAGUUCGUUGGAUGGCCCUCAGUCUUCUAUAUCUAUGGUGUAUUUGGGAUCAUAUGGUACAUCUUCUGGCUCCUGCUUGCCUAUGGGAGCCCAGCCGCCCACCCCACUAUAAGCAAUGAGGAGAGGAUCUACAUAGAGACCACCAUUGGCGAGGGGGUCAAAAUAUUGAGCGCCACUGAGAGAUUCAAGACUCCAUGGCUCCGUUUCUUCACCUCCAUGCCUGUCUAUGCCAUCAUCGUUGCUAACUUCUGCCGUAGCUGGACCUUCUAUCUGCUCCUGAUCAGCCAGCCGGCCUAUUUCGAGGAGGUGUUCGGCUUCUCUAUCGGCAAGGUGGGGCUCCUGUCUGCUGUUCCUCACAUGGUGAUGACCAUCGUAGUGCCAAUCGGUGGCCAGCUGGCCGACUUCCUACGCAGUCGUAAAAUCAUGUCAACUACAAAUGUCCGGAAAAUCAUGAACUGCGGAGGUUUUGGUAUGGAAGCCACUCUGCUGCUGGUGGUGGGUUUCAGUCACACACGUGGUGUUGCCAUCUCCUUCCUGGUGUUGGCUGUGGGCUUCAGUGGCUUUGCCAUCUCAGGGUUCAACGUAAACCACUUGGACAUUGCCCCUCGCUAUGCCAGUAUCCUAAUGGGCAUCUCCAAUGGCGUUGGUACACUGUCUGGAAUGGUGUGCCCCCUUAUCGUUGGAGCACUGACUAAACACAAGACCCGUCUGGAGUGGCAAAACGUGUUUGUGAUUGCCGCCAUGGUGCACUACACAGGGGUCAUCUUCUAUGCUAUCUUUGCCUCGGGCGACAAGCAGGACUGGGCCGACCCGGAGAGCACCAGCGACGAUAAGAUUGGCAUCAUCGACGAAGAUGAGCUGGCCGAAGAGACGGAGCUCAACAGCGAGAUUGCCAUGGCACCCAAGAAGAGCUAUGGAACCACAGAGAACCCAUCGAGCUGGAAGAAUACGAGAGGAGUCACCAUGCAGCAGGAUGAGGAUGAUGGGAACUCCCACCAUGGUAAUGGGAACUACCAGGAGCAGUAUCAGUGAUGUGCCCUAAGUAUCAGAGACAUUGGCUGUCCUUGUUCUUUACCUUUAUCCUGAAGCGUGCACUUGCACCCUUUCUCACAUGGCUUCAACAAUGGUGGAAACUCCCUCCAGCCAAGCCUUUCACCAAUCCUAUGCUUUAAUAUCCAUGUGGUGUGUGCAAAUGCCCACUUCUGGAAAAGGGUAGAAAACCGAGACACAAAAUGAUCUCUAUCUCCCGAUUCGAUAUAUAGUGCACUACUACUACAGGGAAUAGGGUGGCACUUGAGAAGCACUGCAGGACUUCCCCUUCACGUCGACAUCAAGUGAAUGAAGGGUAUAGUGACAUACUUAGGGUGCUGUUAAAAAAUAAUUGACUCUUGGAAAGGGGGUUAUUUGAGAGGACUUUGCCUUCACGUCAACAUCCAGUAAGUAAGUUUCAGCAGCAAUUGGUCAAUUACCACAAACUUGCUUUUUGUUGUUGUUUGGUCAUUUUAUCCAUUUGACGGUUUUACCUCGUACUGAGACAUCUUUACAUUAUCGUGUGGUACCUGAUGAUGUCACAUUUCACUAACCACGUGUUGCGUCUGAGGCUGAGUAAGUGGUGUCAAUUGAGAAAGAAAUUAGAUAAAUUUUUCUGGUAGGAACUCACCGAUGAAGGGACAUUACAAUUUGUAUAAUAUAAAAAUAAAUAUAUAUAUUCUGUACAGUACCAGUCAAGUUUGGACACACCUACUC